UGCCGGUCGGCGACUCUAGCGGGGGGCGUCGCUGUUUACUCCGUCGCCGGCGCGCGCGCACGCAUCACUUCCAAUUCCCUUUUAUUUUAUAUUUUAUAUAUUUAUUCGGUCAAUGUGACAGUGUGUUAGCUGUUGGAGUUUAUACUGUUAAUCAUGAAGGAGCUGAUUAUCCUGUUAGUGGUGUUCUGCCACGGUGUGGUGAGCGUGAACUACUGCUGUCCAGACCAUGAGAUUCUCCGGCCCGGAGGAUACUGUGGGGAAAGCAAGCAUAGAGUCCGACUCAACUGCACCCUUGGACAUAUGCUGCUCAAAGAAGUCAUCGUCGACGGUACUAAAGUUUACACGCAGGAUGCCCCGAACUUCGUCAUCGUUGAGGAUCCCGCUGAGUAUUGCCUCAGCCAGAUGUACCGCAACGCAUCCCAGCCAGAGUUGGGCACGAUAGCAGCCGCCAUAGCCUGCUUCCAGGAGUUCCAUAGGGACUCUAGGCCUAUUGAAGUCACAGGCUUCCUCACGCUCGUGUCAGUGCUCUUCUUGCUUGCCACGUUAGCCGUGUACAUGUAUCUACCAGAAAUGAGGGACCUCCAAGGGCAAUGCUACAUGUGCAUGUGCAUCAGUAUGGCGAUUGGAUUCCUGUCUCUGGGCAUCUUGCAACUGAGCCCCGGGCACUACACCAGCGAAGUCUGUGCAGUUACUGGAUUCCUUGUAUAUUUCUGGAUGAUCGCGACCUUCUUUUGGAUGAACGUGAUAUGUAUCAACGUUUACCGCAAUGUGAUAGACUCCAGUUACUUAAAGAAGACCGAGAGAAAACAGUUUGGUAUCUACAGCAUCUACGCGUGGGGUUGCAGCAUCAUAUUCCUGUUCGUCGCUCUCAUCACCAACUUCGUGGAAGGCGACCAUCUGAAGCCUGGCAUCGGGACGUCAACUUGCUGGUUCCAAGGACGGACCGAAACGUGGGCCUUCUUCUACGGGCCUAUCGCCGUGCUCAUCUCGGCUAACGUGGGUCUCUUCAUAAUGUCUUCAAUACAUUUAUCGCGCGACACAAGAAAAUAUGAAGUCAAUAAACUGAACAUCCUUAAAUACAGGUUCCUGCUUUCAUUGAAACUGUUUCUGGUCAUGGGAGUCUCCUGGAUAUUUGAAAUUGCCAGUUUUGCGCAUGGCCAAUCUCUUAUCAUAUGGGAAAUAAUGGACGUGUUCAACUGCCUACAAGGAGUGGUGAUAUUCCUCAUACUGGUGGUAUUAAGGAGGCGAGCUGUAAAGGGUCUGGUAAAGGAAAACUGCUGCCUGGCGGUGCUGGGGCCAUUGGCUGAUCGUCUGAGCCCUCAUGAUGACCCGGAUGAUCAGCAGAUACUCUCCGAUGAUCAUAUGGAAGUUAGGCUUAACUGAAUACUCACUACCAAAAGUUUUAGAUCACCCAUAGGUAUGCCAAUGUCUUAGCCGUUUCUCAAAAGAAAAAUAACCUCUUACAAGUCUUUUAAGACUGUGUGUGGCUUGCCUUGUAAAGGAAUUCAUAAUCUUAAAAAAAUACUUGGAUGCAAUCUGUCAGAUCAAUGUGUGUGGACAGUCGCGAAAUUGUAUGGAACACCGUGUACUCGAUCAGAUUUUUGUAAGAUUAUGAUGUUUUCAGAUUAUGAAUUUUAGGACUGUCUGUCUGUCUGUUGCCGGCCUAAGGGUGUCACAAUUUUCGGAAAUGGAAUCCUGUCAAACUGUUAAAACAUUUAAAUCACUUUGUGAAAUGUUUUAAUUUGGGGGGUUAACAAAAAACCGCCCAAAUAAAGUCCGGGAGUACAACUUUGGUCGACAAUUUGUAUAUCGCCUCAAGAUGUGACAUUUAAAAAAUGAUCACACCUUAUUUAGACCUCAGUUGAGAACAUUUGGACUAUAAUUGGGUGCGGGUGUCCAUAAUUAAUUACAAAUAAACCAGAGAAAAACAAAUAAUAAUAAAACUGUCUAUAGGGUUCUUAACUAUCGAGGAUAGAAGAUAUCAUUUCUGUGUCUUUUAUAGUUAUUACUUAGAUACGUAGUUUACAAUAUCCAAAUAUUAAAUUUAAGUAAUUUUAAAGUCUAAUCGUAUUUCUAAUCAAAGACGAUAAACAGACUGGUCAAAUAAGAUGUUAUUUUCGGAAGGCUCAAAGUUGUUCGGAAAUAAUUAUAAUAAAUGUUAUAAUAUUAAUGUAUAAGUAAUAUAAGGUAUCAAUAAGUUUGAUAUAUUUAAUAUUACUUAGUUUCUAUAUUUCUAUCUAUAAAAUUUUCUUUAACUAAAGAAAAGUUUCAACUUGGUGCUAAUGUGUAAUGUGUAAAAUAAUUAUGUUUUAAUUCCUAUAUUAUGAAAAAUAUUGUUUUUAAUUAUCUCAUAUAAUGCUCUCAACUUGUGCCAUGUAAUACUAUAAUCUUUAUUUAAGUAUGAAUCCUCAGAAUCCUGCUAUUUCUUCUUCUUACCUACUGUAAAUAUUAUGAUAUGAAUAUUAGCUUCAAUUGGUUCCUAUGAAUUGUUAUGAAUGCAUGUUUUGUGUACAAGAAUAAAAAUAUUUACUUAAA